AUGAGCCCCCCAUCUAUCAAUGUUGAGACUGCCAUCUUCGAUGACUAUUUAUCGAAUUCACCGGAUGACGAUACCGCCGAGCCACUUUGUUUUAGUGUAAACAACCCACCUCUUGUUGAAUCAUCCAGACAUUCUCAAGCCUGGCACAUCGUCUGGCGUACAGCCUCCGAAACACGUUUCAACGCCACUGAGGCAAUUGCUGCUAGGACCGGUGAUAAUAUUGGAGCUCUCCUCAAUAUCACAUUUGGAAACCUUGUUGAGCUUAUCCUGUUUGUCAUUGCUCUCAAGGAAAACAAGAUAUACGUCGUACAAGCCUCGAUUCUUGGAUCGAUUCUCGUCAAUUUGCUACUGGUCCUCGGUACUGCUCUCGUGGCCAGUAGUGUCGCCGGCGUAGACAUGAUGUACAAUACAGCCGAGGCACAGCUGCUCGCAUGUCUCCUUUUUGUCUCUAUCUUCGUGGUCCUUAUACCUUUGAGGUGUCGUCCUGACAAUGCAGACGAUGUCGAAUCUCAGGACGACGUUGGAUCAAACCACCAACUUUCUCACUCUCUAGAAAGACGAUCCGGAUCGUUUGGUCCCCAGGCCUUACCUCCCCGUACCAUCAGGUUUGCAGACGACAGUGUCGCAGAUCCAAGAGCCGACUCAAUCUACAAAUUGAACGAUAUGUCCGAGUCGGGUAUUAUUGGACCUACGGAGUUGGACGAAGUGGUAGUUGAUCGAGGUCGCAGAAGUGGGGAGAUGAGUCGAACCAAUUCUCGGCGCACCAGCUCGUACCAAGCCAUACUCGGCUCGCGACAGCAUUCACGCUCAUUCUCAAUUACCAGUAGUAGAGCGUGUCGCAGUCGAGAGUCAUCCAUGAGUGGAGACAGACGCCGUACCUCUUCUCUCCAUCUCUUGGGAAAUGCUCGAGUAGAGAUGGAAGAUCUUGUCUACAAGGAUAAUGAGUCCGGGCUGAAAAGCUCAGUCGCCCUCUUGGUCGUCACUUCAGCUUUGAUGUCACUCUGUGGAGAGUUCCUUGUCAGCACCAUUGACGAUGUUACACAUGACGGUAGCCUUUCUGAGCCGCUUAUAGGCUUGGUUAUUCUACCUAUCGUCGGAAAUGUGGCCGAAUACGUUACUGUUGUGGCAGUAGCCAUCCGCGGCAAUUUAGAUCUCGCAAUUGCGGUCGCUGUUGGGUCAUCUAUUCAGAUCGCAUUAUGCAUCGCACCUCUAACAUUACUGGCAGGUUGGGCAAUGCAAAAGGACCUGGAUCUAGCAUUUGAUAAUUUCGAGAUGGUGACUCUUGUUGGUGCAGUUCUUUUGGUUAACCUACUUAUACUUACUGCUGGGAGCUCUGACUCUAGGACAGGUGGUUUGAAGGGUGCCUUGAUGUGUGCAUGUUAUGUGAUAUUUAGUAUUGGUUCCUUUCUCACCAUAUAG